GUCGCGAUGGAGUUCGAUAUCCCCCUCGCGCUGACCGACCUCGAGACCGCCCCCGCGCGAGACGGCGCGCUCUUCCCGAGGGAUGUCCAGGACGUGCGCUCCAUGAGGGACGCCGAGGCGAACGAGCUCGUCGAGAGGCUCACGCACGACCUGUGCGACAACGACCCGACGUGCGUCAUGGAGCAGGACAUCUUCGACCGCGCCUACGUCUGCGUCCGCGACUUCCACGCGCUCUCCGCCGUCGCGCGCAUCCGCCUCUGCGACGCCCUCUGCAGCAACCUCUCCGUGCUCUCGUCCGCGGCGCACACCAUGCUCGCGGCGGGCGCGGGCGCCGACGGCGCCGACGCCGUCGCGUCCCACCGCGAGGCGCUCAAGUGCUACAGCACCCUCAUCUAUCACCUCGCCAAGGGCGCCGAGGCCGACGCCGCCAACGCCGGCGCCGCGCCCCCCGCGGAGGAUCCCAAAACGAAGGGCAAGAAGGGAUCCAAGUCCAAGGCGGCGCCGUUGGCCGAGUGGAAGUGGGACGAGCAGCGCGAGCGCGUCCUCCACGUCAUGUCCGGCGUCUUGGACGUCGACCUCUGGAACCUCUUCAGGCCCAGGCAGCCCCCCGAGGCUUUCCUCACCAUGUUCACCUCGCUCGCGUGCGCCGCGAUGGAAUCGCAGACGGCGCUGCGAAGCAAGGUGACCAAAGCCGCCGCGUUCGAUAUGCUCGGCGCGUGCGCGCUCAAGUGGGGCCAGCUCGAGAACGUCACCACGUCCCUCGUGCACCUCCUCAACAAGCACGAGCACCUCCCCGGCCCGAUCGCCGAGUGCGCCGCCGCCGCCGCCGAUCGCCACGAGAAUGCGCGCCUCGCGGCGUCCCUGCUCCGCGAGGUUGGCGCCGUCGACCCCGCCGAGUACAAGCGCCAGCAGCUCUCCGACGCCGUGGGUGUGCGAUGCGUCGGGGUGUUCAUCUCCGAGCUCGCCGAGCGCAUGCCGAAGACGACGAUGACGAACAUCUCGCUCCUCCUGCCGCACCUCGACGGCGAGGCGUACUCGCUGAGGUCCUCGCUCGUCACCGUCCUCGGGCACCUCGCGUGCUCCGGCGCCUCCUCCGGAGCCCUCGACAGGGACCAGGACAGGACCACGUCCGACGCCAACGCGCCGCUGCUUCGCGCCAAGCAGGGAUUCCUGGACCUGCUCGUGGAUCGCGUGCACGACGUGAGCGCGUUUACCCGCGCGAGGGUCCUGCAGACCUGGGCGCUCAUGGCGGAGAAGAAGGCCAUACCGCUCUCGCACUGGCUCGUCGUCGCGGACCUCGGCAUCGGGCGCCUCGGCGACAAGGCGGCGCUCGUGCGCAAAGCCGCGAUGAACCUGCUGGCCACCAUGCUGGGCUUCAACCCCUUCGCGCCCACGCUCCCGUCCGCGGCCUUUGCGGAUUCCCUCGCCGAGUACGAGGCUAAGCUCGAGGCCAUGGCUCCCCCGAAGACGACGACGGAGGACGACGGGGACGCCUUCGAGAAGCAGAUGCCCGAGACCAUCGACGAGGGCGACGAGGCCGAGGAUGCCGAGGAUACCGACGAUGCCGACGCCGAGGAGGGUGCCGAGGGUGCCGAGGGUGCCGAGGGUGCCGAGGAGCCCGAGGAGAGACCCGUCGCCGGCGACGCCGACGCCGCGCCGGAACUCGACGGCGGCGUCGAGGCUGUCCGCACCAUGGUCGCCGCGCUCAAGACCGCGCUCGGCUUUGCCGUGCAGAUGGGCGGCGCCGUCUCCGUGCUCUGCCGCCUGCUCGCGUCCUCGACCCCGUCCGACGCCAUCGAAGCCGCCGGCUUACUCGUCCGAUUGAAGCAAUUCGGCGUGGACGGCGCGGAUGAGGGCGCGCGACGCAUGCUCGGCCUCGUCUUCUCCCGCGAUCAGUCCGUCAGGGACGCCGCGGUCGAGGCCGUGGACGUACUCUUCCUCGCGGGAGCCGAAUCCCCGGUGGCGGCGGCGGAGGGCCUCGCGCGGGUCGCCGCCGCUUCGGCGCUCGGCGAGCUCGCCGCGUUGGAAGAGGUGCUCAAGCUCCUCGUCUCGGACGGCCGCGUCCCGGCGGAUGGCGCCGUGAUCAAGGCGCUCUGGGCGCAGGCGGGGGACAGGGCGUCGCACGAGGCGUCGCGGGCGGCGGCGCUCACCGUGCUCUCCAUGUGCGCCGCGCGGACGCCGGAGAUUAUCGGCGGCGCGAGACUCGUCACCGUCGCCGCCGCCCUGGACGGCGCGUGCCAGACGCGAAAGACGUCCAACCCCGCUCUGGCACGCGCCGCCGCCGCCGUUCUCGCGCGCGCCAGGCCUGGGGGUAACGCGGGGACCCCCGAGUCCCUCGGCGUGUGCGCCCCCGCGUUGCCCCCUGACCACCCGGCGUUUGCCGCGCUCGCCAGGGUUCUCACGCCGACGUCGCCGCUCCCCGGCCGCGGUUGGUACCCGUGCGCGGAGCAGGCCAUCGCGGCGCUCUACGCGCUCCACCCGGACCCCGAGGGCGUCGCCGCGGACAUCGUGAGGUCCUUCGCCGCCGCCGCGUUCCCCGCCAACGGGGGAGAGAACGAAGGGAAGGGCGACACGGCUCCCGCGUCGGGAAUUGUCGCCGCGCAUCUCGCUCGAUUCCUAUUCGUCCUCGGAGAGGUCGGUCUUCGACACCUCGUCCACGUCGAGGGACUGGCUCGCGCGGUGCGCCGCGCGCGCGUCAAUCGCGACCGCAAGGCUGCCGAGAACGCCGAAGCCGCCGCCGCCAAGGGCAAGGAUAACUCCGAGGAGGCUGCGCUCGCCGCCGCGCUCGGUCAGGGUUCCGUGUCCGAGGACCUUCACCUCGACAACUCCAGGGAGCUCGCCGAGGCUGAGCUCCUGGCGUUCAAAGCCGCCAAGGGCGUCGGCAAGGGUAUCGUCGCGGCGUACGCUCCCGUCGUCGUCGCCCUCUGCGGCCACCCCGCCAUCGCCGAGGGCCACGCGCUGCUCCGCGGCGCCGCGAUCGCCGCGCUCUCCCGCCUGAUGGCCAUCGACGGCGCCUUUUGCGAGGACCACCUCGCGCUCAUCUUCACCAGGCUCCGUGGGGAGUCCGACCGCGGCACCCGCGCCGCGCUCAUGGUGGCGCUCGGGGACCUCGCGUUCAGGUUCCCCAACGCGCUCGAGCCGUGGACCGAGCACCUCUACGGCUUACGGGAGUGGGGCAACUCCCUUCACGACCCGGACGCGGGCGUUCGUCAGCACGCGGUGACGGUGUUGGCGCACCUCGUGCUCAACGACAUGAUGAAGGUGAAGGGCCACAUCGCGGAGAUGGCGCGGUGUUUGGAGGAUCCGGACCCGCGAGUCGCCUCUGUCGCGAGGCUGCUGUUCCACGAGCUCUCGCGUAAGCACGGCAACCCGAUUUACAACCUCCUCCCGGAUCUGCUGUCCAGGCUCUCCGGCGACGCGGCGCUCGCGCCAGACGCGUUCCAGAGGAUCAUGACCCGACUCCUCGGGUUCAUCGACAAGGACAGGCAGACGGAGUCGCUCGCGGACAAGUUCACCAACAGGUUUGCCGAAGCCGCGCUCGCGUCAACCCCGAAACCCGCGCGCGAUGUCGCCUUUUGCCUCUCGCAGCUCGCCCUCAGCGACAAGGCUUUCAGAAAGUUCAUGGAGCAGUGGAAGCUGUACGAACCCGCGCUGUACGACAAGGAAGUGUACUCCGCGCUGUGCGGCGUCGUCGCCAAGGCUAAGAAGUCCUACGGCGGCAAGUCAAAGUCGGCGGAGGGCGGCGACGCGGCGCGGGUUCAGGUUGAGGAGUUUGAGGCUAAGAUGCACGCCGCGCACGUCGAGCGUUACGAGUCGUGGCGAACGCAGAGACGCGCGGAGGGACACGCCGAGGAUGGGGAAGACGAACACCCGCUCGGUCCGCUCAAGGCGCGGGAGGAGGAGGCUGACGAGGCUGACGAGGCUGACGAGGAUGCAGACGAGGAUGCCGACGAGGAGGAUGCAGAGGAGGAUGAUGCCGACGAGGAGGAGGAGGAGAACGACGAGAACGAUCCGGCGCCCUCCCCGGCGCCGGUCAAGAAAACGUCUCGCCGCGCCGCGCCAAAGGCGAAGAAGGCUGACGCGGUCAAGGCGGAGGAGGCGCCCGCCAGGUCCUCCCGCCGCGCCCUCCGCGCCAACCGAUGA